UUGGGCGCUGGGCGGGAGAGAUAGGGGGUUCGCUGAAUGUUUUUAUCGUCAAUUUUACCAUCCCUCACAGUUUCUUUCGUUUUAAGUGUGAGAAGAAGCAUUAUUUCAUAGGGUCGGAGGAUGCUGUAGAAGUGCGCUGACUGGCAGCCAUGGGUCCCCGCCGGCGCCCGCUGCGGCCUCCGGUGAAGCGCGAGAGCACCGUCUCCCAGUCGGCGGCGGCGGCGGCCGAGAAGGCGGCGGACAGCUCCGCGCCGGCGGCCGACGCGCGCCGGACGCGGCGCCACUCGGGCCGCGGAGAGUCGCCGGCGCCGCCCUCCUCGCCGGCCGGCCGGGGCCGCGGCCGGACCGACGGCCACACGACUCCGUCCCCGGGCUCGGCCAGGAGGGAGGAGCCGGCCGGCGGCGCCGCGGCCCGCUCUCCGCCCGCGGCGGCCGGCAGGGCCCGGGGACGGCCGCCGAGGAAGGCGUCGCCCUCGCCUUCCACCUCGCCUCCUGCCGCCGGCAAACCGCGCGGCCGGCCAGGCAGGAAGCCGUCUCAGUCGCCAUCAGUCUCCCCCGCAGCGUCCACGGGCAAACCGCGCGGCCGGCCGGCCAGGAAGCCCUCGCAGUCGCCCUCCGUCUCCCCUGCCGCGCCAGCCGCCAAAUCGCGGGGUCGGCCGCCCAAGAAGGCGGCACGCCAGAGCCCGGCGUCUUCGGCGGCCGCCGCGGAGACCGCUGACGCCGAUGAUGCCGCGAUGGAGGAAUCUCCCGCCGCCGCCGAGCCCGCGGCGUCCGGCGCCAAGAAGUCGAGGAGUUCGGAGCGCUCGGACCCGGCGGCCACCGGCUCCCGGAAUGCCGGCAAGCGAGGCCGGGAGGAGCCGGAGCAGAGGGAGGAGCCGGCUCCCAAACGGCCGCGGCGCGCCAAGGGCCGCACCGCCGCAGACGCCGACGAGGAGGAGUUCAUUCGUCAGGCGAUAGCACUGAUAGCGGCCCAAGAGAAGAAGGAGCAGGGUGGCACCGGUCGGCGGGGGCGGCCGCGCGGGUCGCGGGGCGGCGCGGCCGACUCCCCGACUCCCGACCGCUCGCCCUCGCCCGCCGCCGCUGCUGAGCCGCCGCCCAGCUCCGCUAAAAAGGCUGCGAGGAAGGCCUCGCCGGCGGCACCUGCUCCAGCCGCCACUGCUAAGGCUACAAAGGCGUCCAAAAAGACGCCCGUCCCCUCCAAGGCAGCGCUCAAGUACUCAGACGCUUCAUCCUCAAAGUCGUCACAAAAGUCUCCCUCAUCUGCUAAAUCAUUAGACAAACCCUCAUCUUCCACAAAAUCAUCUGAAAAGACGCCAUCAUCAUCAAAAUCAUCACAAAAGACUCCGGUCACCAAAGCGUCCCGGAAGGCGUCCCCGGCGGUUGCCGGCGGCCGCUCGUCCCCGGUGGGCAGCGUCUCGUCUCCGCGGCGCUCGGCCUCGCCGGCUGCGGGUGGCGGCAGCGCGCCGCGGCGGCCCGGUCGGCCCAGGAAGUCGGCCCACCUCUCUGACGAGGACGAGUACACGCCGUCGGGAGGCCGGAAGAAGGCGGCCGCCGGGACCCCGCGGCCGGCCGGCCGGCGCGCCAGCGCCGCUGACGACGAACCCGACCGGAAGGCACCGCCGCUCAACGGAUCGGCCAACAAGAUACGCAGCUCGGCAAUAGUGUUACAGACAGACGAGGAGCUGCGCGUGGGCAUGUACAAGGUGCUGGAGGCGGUCAAAGCGCACGAGGAGGCCUGGCCGUUCCAGGACCCGGUCGAGGAGGAGUACGCGCCCAAUUACUACGCCGUCAUCCGGCGGCCGAUGGACCUCAUGAAGCUGGAGAGCAGGCUGGAUGCCGGUGUGUACCAGACCAGGCAGCAGUUCGAGUCCGACUUCAAACUGAUCGUCGACAAUUGUAAACUCUACAACGGCCUGGAGAACGAGUACACGGAGAUGGUGAUGAACAUCGAGGCGGCGUUCCACAAGGCGUGCCACAAGUUCCUCGACACGGGCGACGACGACGAGGAGGAGAUUCUGAUCGACGUGUCGCAGGUGACGCCCGGCUCGGCGCGCCGGCCCGCCGCCCGCGCCGCCGCCGGCUCGGCCGGGUCCGCCGGGCGGCGGCGCGGCCGGGGCGCCAAGGCCGCCGCGACCGGCAGGGGCCGCAAAAAGUCCGCCGCGGCCGCCGAGAUCGACUACAGUGACGACGAGCUGCUUGCCUCGCCCAGGUCGAAGCCGCCCUCCAAGGAAGACACGGAGAAGAUGUUCGAUAACCUGCUGAAGACGCCGCCGUCGCCGGUCAAGUCCCCUCCGCCGGCGGGGGCGCGGUCCGCCGCGCGGGCCCCCGAGACCGUGAUCGGACCGGUGAAGGCGAUCCCGAGCGGUCGCGGCCGGCGGCGGCAGCUGGCCAGGAAGCCGCCCCGGCAGCUGCCGCCGCCGCCGCCGCGGCGGCCCGCCAGCCAGGCCUCCGAGGGGGACGCGUACACGUUCAGAGAGGAGUCGGAGGAGGAGCCGACGGUGCGUCGGCCGCCGCGGCGCCCGCUGAGGGCCUCGCCGCCGCCGCGCACACCGCCGCCCGCCGCCCCCGCCCCCGCUCCCGCCCCGGCCGUGUCAGCGUCUUCUGACGAGAGCGACGGCGGCUCCCCGAAAAAGGCCAUCGCCCAGGGCCGGAUAUUCGCGGCCAAGAUGCGGCGCCGGCGGCUGGCGGCGGCCGAGAGGGAGGAGCGCAACUCCUCCCGUGAGGCCGCCGACAGAGAGUCGGAGAAAACCGCCGAGGAGUCCGGCUCCGGCGCCGAGCGGCCCGACCGAGAGCUCAGGAGGAAGGGCGAAAAGAGGUCGCGGACGGACAGCAGGGAGAAGAAGAGCAGCAAGAAGAAAAAACGGAAACGGCGAGAGCGGGAGAGGCGGGAGAGUGAGCGGCGUGCGGCCGACUCUGCCAAGGACUCGCCGGCGUCGGGCGCGGCCGAGGGUCCGGCGGCGGCCCGCUCUCGCUCGCCGUCCCCCCUGCCCGGCUCCGGGUCGGACAGUGACGACAGUGCCAUCUGGCGGCAGCCGCCGGCCGUCGAUCCGGCGCUCAGCCGACCGUCGCCGGCGCCGGCGCCCCGACCGACCGUCGACUCGCGCGGCCCGCGCGCCAAGCCGCUCUUCAGCAGCCGCUGCAUCUCCAAGGAGGAGAGUGCCAAGUUGGGCCAGCUGAUCUCGCGGGUGCGGGACAGUCGCGGCAGCGGCACCACGCUGCUGGCCGGCCGGCCCGGCCUCACCAUGGGCAAGGUGCUGGGCAGCCGCGGCGAGUACCAGGAACCGGAGCGAACCGGCGAGGAGCUCUGGGAGGAGAUGGUCGGCAAACGGCUCAAGGCCGAACCCGUGCUGCCCGAGCGGCGCGACGACGAGCCGCCGAAGCUGAUCGUCGAGCCAGAGGUGGGCAGCGAGCUGCCCGUGCUCAAAAAGUCGGCCACGCCCAACCUGAGCGCCUGGUUCCAUGCGUUCCGCUCUCAGGCGGCGCCGGAGCCGCCGGCAGCGCCCUCUGUGGCGCGCGUGAAGCGGCCGCCGCCGCCGGAGCAGAAGAAACGCGCCGAGUCGGAGCCACGCAAGGUGGCGCCCACGCCGCCGGCCACUCCCGCCUCCGCCGCGGCUCCGGUCCCCACCUCCUCCCCCGCCCCCGCUCCUCCUGCGGCGUCUGCCCCUGCCCCUGCUCCGGCCGUGACGCGGGCCCCAGCGGACGCUCCGCAGCCCCCUCCGGCGCCGGCGGUCACUCAGCCGACCUCCCAGGCGUCCCAGCCGUCGCCAGCAGCAGCGCCGAACGCCGCUCAAUCCCCUGCCAAACCUCCGGCCGCGCCGGCAGCCAAGCCCGCCUCCCCGGCGCGGCCGCGCUGGCGUCGCGCCGCCUCGCCGCCGCCGGCACCGCCACAGCCGGACGCCGACCCUUACGAGUACGACGACGACGAACUGGAGAAGGUGCGGCUGCAGGUGAAGGCGCGCGAGAGCCAGCGGCUAGAGCCGGCCGCCGGCGGCCGCUCGCCCUUCUACGUCACCAGCUCGGAGAGCGAGAAGUCGCCGCUGACGCCGGCCGGCGGCAUCGUGUCGCCGGCAGAGGCGGCGCAGCGCUCGCCGGCCUUCUCGCCGCAGCACGCGCCCGCCGUGGACACGGCUCGGCUGGUGGGCGCCGCCAAGCCCGGCUUCUAUCAGGACGUGGCCGCCAAGACGGCCAGUCCGGACAAGUCUCCGCGCGCGCGGCCCGGCUCCGUCGCCAGCGUGUCCUCGCCGGCAGAGGCGCGCGGCAGCCCGGCGCGCGGUCCGGCCAGUCCCCAGGUGUCCGGCCUGGCGGCCCGGCAGUCGGAGCCGCUGUCCUCCCCGGCGGCCCGGCCCGGCGCCAGUCCCGGCGGCGGCUCGCUGCGGUCACCGCCCGGCACCUCGGUAAGUCAGACUGCACCGUCCGGGAUGCGGGCCGGGCAGGCGGCCCCGCAGACCUCAGUGUCCAGUCCGGCGCCGGCGGUGUCCCGGCCGGGAGCGACCUCGGCCAGCCCGGCCUCCGCCACCGACCUGUCCAGUCCCAGCGGGUCCGUGGAGCGGCCGGCACCCGCCUUGGCCAGUCCGAGCGGGCCGCCGCCGCCGGCCGGCCGGACCGCUGCCGAGGUACCCGCCACUCCCCCGGCCCCGGCUGCCGCUCCGGCCGGCCAGACUCCCGCGCAGGACGAGCGGCCCGGCUACCCGCUGAAGAAGCGCGUGCCGCAGGAGCCGCCGCCUGCUCAGCCUCAGCAGCAGCAGCAAAGGCAACAGCAGAUACAGCAAAUGCAACAGAUGCAGCAGCAGCAACAACAGCAACAGCAGCAACAGCAACAACAGCAGCAACAACAACAACAGCAGCAGCGGCUGUCUAGUGAGCAGUCUGACGUGCAGGACUCGGUUCCUUCGUCCAUGCCUUCCGCCCAGAUCCCCUGGGGAGACAGCUCCGUGUCCUACUACAAACAGAUGGCCAGUCCGCACAUGCAGCUGUACCACCAGCAACAGCAGUCGAUGAAAGCAUUCCAGCAGCAGCAAGCUCAGCAGCAGCAGGCUCAGCAGCAGCAGUCGGCGCCGCCGCAGCAGCAGGCGGCGGCCGGUCGGCAGGACGGCGCGGCGCGGCCCUCGCUGGCGCCCGUCUCCUCUGCGGCCGUCUCGUCUGCCAGCGGCGGUCUGAACCUGAGCGGCCUCAUGUCGGGCGGCGGCUACGGCGCGCUGGGGCUCGGCGCCGCUGGCUUCCAGUCGCACGCGCUGGGCGGCGGCGCCGGCUACCCGUACCUGCUGGGCCAGGCGCGCUCGCCGCAGCCGGCCCACCAGAACCCGGCGGGCGGCGGGCCGGCGCGCGGCGGCGGCUCGCCGGCCGGCCAGCCGGCGCCGCUGCUGACGCCGCCGUUCGGCGGGCGCGGCCACCCGCUGAGCUCGGACAGCCCGCUGGUCUCGUACCAGCAGUACUACCGGCAGCAGGAGCUGCUGCGCCAGCACCAGGCCGGCGCCGCCAUGAUGGGCUUGAUGGGCGCGGCGGCCGGCGGCUACCCGCCCGGCUACCCGCUCUCGUCGCUGCGCCAGCCGUUCCAGCCGCCGGGCGUGACCCGCAGCCCGUUCUUCUGAGCGCCGGCCGGCAGCUGUGAUAGCCCGCCACGGACGGGAUGCAAUCGGGGUGCCGCUCGGCGCCCGCGGGAGGGGAGGGAGGGGAUCAGAGCUGUUUGGUAUUGUCCUGUGCGCCCUUUUAGAUCUGCCUGUACCGCCGUGAGACCGGGACGACGGACCGAUGACGUCACUCUGCCACUAACCGAGGUGACGUCAGGAGCCCGCUCUGGAACUCGCCUCGCUGAGUUGCGUAGGCGCGCGCUACCACUCGCCGGGCCGCCCCAGCGCGGCCCCUGUACAAAGGCUGCAUUUUACUCCGCUUGUAUAUUUUAGGUGCCUGCGCCAUGUCUGAAACGUACGCUUCAUUUUUGGUGUCAGUCACAGCGGCGGCGCGCGCUGACGUCCGACCCACUCAUCGGCGGUCGCCGCGCCGCGGCCGCCGUGAUUCAUUGUUAUUGUCGUGCGCCGGCGCGACAGAGCUGUUUAUUGGUUGACCCAUGUCAUCGUGCUUCAGAUCGGUUGGUGUAGAUACUCGCCGUGGUGUGGGAGGUCGGGUGGUGCGUGUUUUGUACGCCGUGUCGACGUGUGGCGAGCGCCCGUGGUAAUAACAUUGUGGAAGUGGUGCA